AUGUUGUCGAAACUGUCAUCGAGAGGAAUCUCGUCCUCGUUACGUUCCUUGAAUGGCCUACGGCUACCUACUGCUCCACUGACGGCCAGUGCUUCACUCAUUUCGAAGUUGCACUUACCUAAAAUAAACUAUGAAUUCAGUCGUUGUGUAUCAUCCUCAUCGAGCAAUAAUCUUUCUCCACUAUUCCGAUGUGCAUCAAAUUCAUCGAAACUGAUCACUUCACUCAGAUAUCCACUCAAAACAAAUGUUCGAUUCUACAGUCCUGAUUUACCUGAGCACAAGGAAAUUCCGUUACCAGCGCUGUCACCAACCAUGGAACGAGGUAAUAUUGUAUCGUGGCAAAAGAAGGAGGGUGAUGAGUUGGCUGAAGGUGAUUUGCUGUGUGAAAUUGAGACCGAUAAGGCCACGAUGGGCUUCGAAACACCUGAGGAAGGCUUCUUGGCCAAGAUUCUCAUCCAAGAAGGCACGAAAGAUGUUCCGAUUGGGAAGUUGUUAUGCAUCAUCGUAUCGAACAAAGACGAUGUGGCUGCAUUUGCCAACUACACCGGAGAAGGUGCCGGUGCGGCUCCGGCAGCCGCUGCCCCGGCUCCAGCCGCUGCUCCGGCCGCUGCACCAGCUGCAGCUCCAGCUGGAAGCUACCCAGAGCACAAAGAUGUGAUGCUACCAGCUCUCUCACCUACGAUGGAGAAAGGUAAUAUAGUGUCAUGGCAAAAGAAAGAAGGUGAUGAACUGGCCGAAGGUGAUGUGUUGUGCGAGAUCGAGACCGAUAAAGCAACGAUGAGCUUCGAAACACCUGAUGAAGGCUACUUAGCGAAAAUACUCAUUCCAGAAGGCGAAAAAGAAGUUCCGAUUGGAAAGAACAAAGAGGAUGUGGCCGCUUUCAAGGACUACACCGCAGGUGCUGCUACGGCAGCCCCGGCCCCAGCUGCCGCGCCCCCUCCACCACCUCCAGCUGCCGCAGCUCCUGCCCCACGAGCUGCUGCCCCGGCUCCAGCCCCAGCCCCAGCCGCGCCUCCGAUGGCCGCCGUCCCACCGGUUGUAGCUCCGCCUGCAGGUGGUCGAGUGAACGCAACGCCUUACGCCAAACGACUCGCUGCUGAGAAAGGCGUUAACCUUGCUGCAGUGGCAGGCACUGGUCCAGGUGGUCGUAUCUUGGCGGCAGAUGUGCUCGCAGCACCGGUCGGUGUAGCUGCUCCGGCACGUGUUGGUGUGGCAGCUGGAAUGGCCGGACCGGUGUCGAAACCGGUGCCCGAGGGUGGUUUUGUGGAUAUUCCAUUGACACAACAACGUGCUGCAUUGGCGGCCAGGGUGAUGGACAGCAAACACGCCGUACCACAUUACUAUCUUUCUUCACUGAUUUUCAUGGAUGAAGUGAUGAAGGUACGAGACAAACUGAACAAGUUGUUGGAGAAGGCGAAGGGUGAGGAGAAACCGCAGAAGAUCUCGUUGAAUGCGUUCAUCAUAAAGGCAGCCGCGCUGGCAUGUUUACGAGUUCCCGAAGCGAACAGUUUCUUUAUGGAUACAUACAAACAAGCUCUGACACUGAACGUCACUCUGGCCACAGACCAUCGUGUUGUUGACGGUGCGGUUGGUGCACAAUGGCUGAAACAACUCAAAGACUACUUGGAGAAGCCGCAUACGAUGCUUCUGUAA